AUGAUUCUUCCUGUUGGAGCUUCUUCAUUCAAGGAGGCUAUGAAGAUGGGAGUUGAAGUUAAUCACAACUUGAAGAGUGUGAUUAAGAAGAAGUAUGGACAAGAUGCAACUAAUGUUGGUGAAGAGGGUGGUUUUGCUCCUAACAUCCAGGAGAACAAGGAAGGUCUUGAAUUGCUUAAGACUGCAAUUGCUAAAGCUGGUUAUACUGGCAGAGUAGUUAUUGGUAUGGAUGUUGCUGCUUCUGAGUUUUAUGGUUCAGACAAGACUUAUGAUUUGAACUUCAAAGAAGAGAACAAUGAUGGCUCACAGAGGAUCUCAGGGGAUCAGCUCAAAGAUCUUUACAAGUCAUUUGUGUCUGAGUACCCUAUUGUUUCAAUUGAAGAUCCCUUUGACCAAGAUGACUUGUAG